AUAACUCAUAAAUCACUCGUUCGAACUCUAAAUAUUUGAAAAUAAAGUCAUUGUGUAUAAGUGUAUUAUUAUUUAUUUAUGUACCUUAAUACCUAUGCUUUAAAAUUCCAAAAAACAGAAUUUGAACUAAUUUAUUGGAUGAAAAAACGGGGGUGAGCAAUGAUUAAUGAGCAUGCACGAUUGGUACGAAUCACCCUGUAUAAUGUAUAUAGUGGUUGAUGUAGUAUUACAAAUUUAAAAAUAACUUUUCAUAGCUAAGAAGUAUUUAUUUUAAUGUUUAUUAUUGGCAACAAAAAGGCAGUUUCCAAUAGGAGGUAUACUCUAUAAAACGAAAUAUAAAAUCGUGCAACUGAAUGGAUUCAUUGAGUUUUGGUCAAAAUAACUCGAGAACAAAUAAUUGUCAGUCAUGCAGCAUACAAAAUAACUAUUGCAAAAAUGACAAAUUACAUGGCUAUGUGUGUGAUUGUAAAAUAUAUGGUGUGCAACAGAUGCAACUUCGACGUCUGAAGACAGAUACACCCAGAGAAAAAAAAGACGCUAAAUAUUACGAAAAGAGAAAGAGGAACAACAUGGCAGCUAAAAAGUCCAGAGAAGCCAAACGUAGAAGAGACAAUGAAAUGGGAUUGAAAUUAUUUCUUUUAGAAAAAGAAAACAUGUUGUUAAAGUUCCGACUAAGUACAGUAUCCGAAGAGCUUGAAAUUAUAAAGAGAACGUUAGUUUUAUAUAAUACGAAUCAAGUUAUUUGGACAAAUAACGUCUUACCGCCUUUUCAAAAAAACUAAACUACUAGAUUAAAGCUUAAAAAUAUAAAUACCAGUAGGUAAUAUAAUUUACGAUAUUAUUAUAAUGAUUUACCAUAAUUAAGUACAGAGACGGACUAACAAUUUUUCACCCCUAGGCAUUGCAACACUAGCACAUUGGCGUGCUCCCACGGGGGGGUGGGGGGGGGGUAAUGUUCCAUGAAAUAAAACAAAACUAAAACAAUUGAAUUGGAUGAAAUCUAUAAGAUUUCUGACCAGUAGGCACUAUGCAGAAGACGGGCAACAGUGCCAGCGUCGCAAUAUUUAUUAUUAUUAAUUACUUUAUCAAGACAUCUGAUUUCCAGAAUUAAUUCCAGUAUUCUAAGAAUAUAGGUACUAGUUUGCUGUUCGCGCACACUUAUUGUGGUGCCGGGUGCGGGGUGAAGCGGGUCAUUCCAGUUAAUAACAAAUAAUUUUAUUUACUUGCUAAGCACUGUGCGAGCCAUCUAUAGGUAGUAGAGCGGCUAUAGGUAUACAAUGUACCCGGCCGCCCAUAGACAAGAAUACUAAGCGGCCGCCCGAGGCAGUGUAUUUGACUGGCUUGGCUUGCGUUUUGCGCAUGCGCCAUUCACAAUAUUGUAUGUGUUUACGCCGCACACCAUUAUACCACCUCCCAUGCAUUAAUAUAGGCGACCGCGACGCCGGCAAUUGCCUCGUCGAGUGUCGAUGUCGAACCUCUAACGGUGGCAGCGCGGCGCAGCGGGAUCCGGUCGCAGGAUUUAACUCUAACUGCAAGGUUAUUAUAGCUUAUAAAUUAAAACGUUACUGCGACGUGACUAAACUAAAAAAAUGCGCCUCAAUAAAUAUUGCACCAUAGGCACGUGUCCUGGUGGCCUAUGGGUAAAUCCACCCCUGAUUAAGUAUGUUGGUAUGUUACUAUUACAAUAUAAUAUGCAUAGAAUAUUUUAAUAAUAAAUUUCAAAUUAGCGUUUAAAGCAUUUGACCAAAAUAAUUUUUUACCAAAGUCAGUUUUACGGUUUUACAUUUAAGCAACAGUUAAAUUGAGUCUGUUUCCUAGUAUUCUUUUUUUAUCUUCACGGUGAGAGCACAGAAUAAUAAUUAACAUAUUUUUGAGCUAUUUAUAGGUGUAAGAAAUUAAAUUUAUCAUGUUGUUUUUUUUCAAUAAAUAACGAUAAAUAGUAUUUUUCUGUGUCAAAAAAUUUAAAAAUGUAAUUCACGGUCAACCAUAAGUUUCUUAUUCCUAUAAUAACAUUCAAAAAUAUUAAAGAUAUAUAUCAGCUUAAUUUUUUUUAUAAUUUAUAAGUUCAAAUUUUGAUAAAAUUAA